AUGGCUUACCACUUCGUCCUCGUGACCCCUUCGAACGCGUCCACGACCCUUCCCCCAACGUUGGAACUCAUCCAAGCGCUCGCAACGUACGAGAAGGAACCCGAUGCCGUAGAAGCGACUUUACCACUCUUGCGUCGAUCGUUGUUCGGGGAGGAAGGGAAGGGAGAGGAAGGGAAGGGGGGCAAGUACGCGCAGUGCGUGUUGGUUUAUGAGGAGGAGGGAGGGGACUCGAAGCCGUUGGGUAUGGCGGUGUGGUUUUAUACCUUCUCCGUGAGUCGAUUGGGGUUGUAAAUUUGGGUGUGGGUGGUCGUAUGAAAGAGAUGGAGGCUGAUUGUCGGAAUUGCUCUUCACGCGGUGCCUACAACAACGAUGCCGACGAUCGAUCGAUCUUGAUCAUGUGGGGCGGCACUUUUUUUUACAACGACCGCAUUCGCAGACUUGGACGGGUAAAGGUGGUCUAUGUAAGUAAAUCCGAAGGCCUGAAUUCAUUUGUGUGAAGGUUCGCUUACCAAGCUCCUUCAUCGUUCAGAUCUCGAAGACUUGUUCGUGCGCGAAGAAGCUCGUGGCAAGGGUGUUGGAAAAGUCCGUUCGGAUGCGCUGUUCACCCCCGGGCGACGGCGGUUGUUGGGGCAGGCGAAUAUCUGACGUCUCCUCUCUCCAGGCGCUCUUCAAGUAUUUGGGACAGAUCUGUAAAGAUAAGGAUUUGGCUCGGAUGGAUUGGUGAGUUUCGUGCGAGCGCAAGGAGUUCGGCGAGGAAGUUUGGUCGGAUACUGAUCGUGGCGCGGAGAUGGGUUUCUUCACACGAUAGGGUCGUGCUCGGUCAGUAGUGACGAUCCUCUUUCCUGGCGGACACAAGAUCCCCUACCACGACUGAGCCAAAAUCGUUACUCUCUCUCGUCUAGACUGGAACGAGCCCGCGAAGAAAGUGUACCAGGCGAUGGGGGCCCAACACGCAAGUUCCUCUCGUCGACUCGAGCUGUCAUGA